AUGUCAGGUAUCAUCAAAGCUAUUUUUGGUCAUCAUAAAGAUGAAGAUGAGAAAAAACAUCAUCAAAAUACAACUGAAACAGUUGCAACUGUUGGGACAGCGUCUGGUUCAUCCAUAGCUCACACGGCUAUUAGCGAAGAUGUUCGUGUCCAAUCUGUGGUCUCAACCGAAACAAAUACAAGUGUUAGUGUGCAAAAUUCAAAGAAAAUUGCCGAUCUUAUGAACAAACUAGGCACAACACAUCAUCAAAUCGACGAAUAUUCAAAAAAACGUACAGCUGAAAUUAGCGAAGCAGUUUCCGAUGCAAUUAAUAAAGUUGUUGCUGAUACAGCUGCACAACAACAUAAAUUGUUAUCCGAUGCCAAUGAACGUUCAGUCGCAAUUGAAAACGAAUACAAAGUCCGUUUACAAGAACGUAUUGUUCAACUCGAUAAUGAAAAAGCGAUUUUAUUAGCUGAGUUAGAACGGGCGUUAAAUGAACGUCAAGAAGCGAUUUUGCUCAAAGCAAGACAAGAAAUUGAUAUGGUACAAGAUGCUGCCAAUCGAGAAAAAAUGGCCGUUUUCAAAGAAGCACAAGCAAGAGCGAAUCAACAAGUCGAUCAAAUUACUGAACAAGUUGCUGAACUUGCUGCUGAAGAUGCACAACGGCGUCUGCAAUCGACAACUCAAACCGUUAUUACAACAAAAGCUGUUGCAUCAGGCGAGACGCACACUCAAGGUGCACAUGUUACAACUACAACAACAUCACGAAAAUCUUCCGAAUCUCAUCAUUCAUCAAUUAGCAAUUAA